AUGGUUAACGUUCCGAUUUCGGCCGUUGUUUUUCCACUGGUCGAGCGACAGAAAAGCUCAAGAGUACACAAGGGUCCAAUUCCGAAGAAGAGAAGACGUUCGGCUAAUUCGGAAAUUGACCAAAUGAUUGAUCCGGUUGACGAGUCGAACUUUUUCGGACAUAAUCAAUAUAUAGCCAGAAAAUCUAUUGCAAUAUUGACAGAUGAGACGAAAGGGCCUAUGAGACAAAUGGAAGACAAUUCGACGGAAACCGACGAUAUUUUUGCUACGGAUAAAGUUUCUAAAGAAGUGCAGACAGUUGAAUGGAUCGCGGUCACUCUGAUGAACAAGAAGCUCAAACAACUAAGAGAAGGCAUUGUUGUGUGUGAACAAUCAAGAAAUGCCGCCAUACAACAGCUGAAAGAAUUAGAAGAAAUGUGCGAUAAAGAAACUGAGCUGAAAGAAUAUAGGAAGCUAUUUGAAAUGAAGGAGGAGGAAUGGAUUAAUAAAGAGGAAGAAUUGAAUGCACGGAUUUCCGACAUGAAUUUGUCGAUUACAACAGUUCGCGAAGAAGCGAGCAAUGCUCGCAAAGAAUUAGAAGUUAUGAAGAAGGAAAAACAAACUGCUGAGAAAAUUCGAAAAGAUGCUGAGAUGAUGGCGGAGACGAUGAAGCCGAAAGCAAUUGAGCAGAAAAAACCAGCUAUGGUGGUUGUUCAACGGGAAAAUAAGCAGGCGAGGAUGAUAAGUGUAAAUGAAGCUUUGAAUGAAAUGGAAGAAGUGAGGACAAUUCUUGACGCGGCGGAUUCGACUUUGAAAGAAUUGAAAAUAAACUGCGAUUCCGCAAAAAAUGAGCUGAAAACAUUUGUUGAAGAAAAGAACAAUGCCUUGAAUCAAAUUGUGAAAGCGGUUUCGUCGAUUACGUGUUUGGCAGAAUGGCAACGUCAGAAGGCGGUGUGUCCUGUUUGCGACGCUUCUCUUCCAAAUGAAGAUUUUCAAUCAACCGACGUGAAAAUGGCGAAUCCGAGAGGCAAAAAUGUUGGCAAGAAGGGCGAAAGAAAGAAGAUAUCGGCGAGAAUUUUCAAAAUGAACACGGCGAAGAAGCUGGCUGAGAAGGCGAAUAGAGGCGCAGGAAAAAAGGGUGUUAAUGCUUCGGAAACUAGCCGUUCGAACAACCCAAUCGCUAUGGUGGAAUCGGGAUUUUCCCAGAAGUCUUCGGCACCGAGCAUUGAUGAUGAGAUCCCGAAGAAGAUCGACGAGAUUAUUGAGAAGGUUGUCAAUGAUUGCAGGAUGGUCGAGAAUUUGAAGCCAACCUUGGAUGUGGAAAUGGCCGACGACAUUGCUUUGGAGAAUGUGGAGAGCAUCCGCGAGGACGACGACAUUGUCGAAGUCGAUGGUUCGAGUUCAUCGUCAUUGUCGCCGAUCGCCGACCCGGACUAUGAUCGCAAGACUCGUGCUGAGAAGUGGCUCGAUAUUUUGUAUCUGUGCGAUUUGCUGACUCAGAAGCAAAACGAUCUCAAUGAGCUCUAUCACGAGAUGGAGAAAGAGGUCCAUUACAAAAGCACCGAGGAGAUUCAGCGUAAACUCGAAGCCAAUUUGGACAAGUUUUUCGUCGUCUGGAAGAUCUCGUUGCGCAUUCUGACGCUGUCUGAAGGACCGUACAAACUCUAUAAUACCACAAAGACCAUUUGCAUUCUCAUCGACGAGUUCAUUCGGGUCACCAACAAAUUGAAGAUGUCGACUCCGGGCACUGCCGAAUGGGAUGAGGCGUUCGAGCAUCGCGGCGACACUUGGUGCAAGAUUUUCGCCGAGACUUCGCGCGCUUCGAUGCAGAAUUUGAUGUACCAGAAUGCUCUCAUGACUGGAAAAGACGUCAUGGGUAUCUUCUUCAACAAGGACGAAGCGAAGAAGUAA